UGGGAACAACUGCGCAAGAGCUGUGUGGCUGCUGGGAGGUGCUCUGAGAUAACAGGAAGUGAGGUGAAACGCUCACCAGCAGCCCACAAAGACCUUCCUGGCAGCAACCCCACAGUGGCCUUGGUCCCCCUUCCCUGCUCACAGCAUGAGGCCACCAGUCCCUUCAGCCCCACUGGCCCUCUGGGUCCUGGGGUGCUUCUCCCUGCUCCUCUGGCUGUGGGCACUGUGCACAGCCUGCCACAGGAAGCGAGCUCAGAGGCAACAAACUGGGCUGCAAGGCAGUCUGAUACCAGUGGAAAUGUCGCUGAUGAGACAGACCCAGCUCUGCUCCCUCAGCAAGUCUGACACCAGACUGCAUGAGCUGCACCGAGGCCCACGCUCCAGCAUAGCCCCUCGGCCUGCCAGCGUGGAUCUCCUGCAUCCACACUGGCUAGAGAUGUCCAGGGGCAGCACUAGGUCUCAGGUACCCGCCUCUGCCUUCCCACCACGGCAGCUGCCCAGGGCCCCUCCUGCUGCCCCUGCAACUGCACCUUCUACUAUUCCUGAGGCCACUUACUCCAAUGUGGGGCUGGCUGCAAUUCCCAGAGCCAGCCUGGCUGCUAGCCCUAUGGUGUGGGCUGGAACACAGCUGACCUCCAACUGUGCCAAGCUUGGUCUUGGGGCCGAGUAUGCCUGCAUCCAGAAGCACAAAGGGACAGAGCAGAAGGCUAAGGUGAUCCCAGCUACUCAGAUGGACGGCCUGUACUCCAGAGUCUGCAAGCCUAAACGGAAAGACCCAAGACCUGUCACAGACCAGCUGGACCCCACGGGCGGGAGAGCAAUUCUGACCCUUGAGAGUGAUGUGGACUAUGAGGCCAUCACUCUGAGGGGCCAGGAUGUGAACCAAGGGCCCUUAGAAAAUGUGUAUGAAAGCAUCAGGGAGAUGGGUCCCUGAGCAGUGGAGCCCUCACACCCUGUCUGUUGACAUGCAUUGACAUAGAAAGUACCAAGGCUUCUGCUCAGCAGGGUUUGAUUACACUUCCUUCCGUGUCCUUCUACCUCCACAGCCGGCAGC